AUGAACGUCGUUAUUGAUUCUAAUAAUGAAUUAUUUCACAUUGAACAAGAAUCAACACUAACAUUGGCAUUGAAUAAAGUUAUUAAUAAUCUUCAAAAUAAUUCGACACAAGGGAAACCUUCGAUAUUUACAACAACAAUUAAAAUCUUGCACGAUUUCAGUCCGAAACAAAUCUUUGCUAAAUUCAUUACUGCUGAAGAUAUUUGUAACAUAGAUGAAUCACCAUUAGCACUUUUUAGUGAUCAAGCUAAAAAGUGUGUCAAUGAUAUUGAUACAGUUAAUGAAAUAAAUGGAUGUAUCAGCAAAAAGCGAACGACACCUGUUUUAUUCUUCAAAGGAAAAGGUCAUAUUAGUGCUGAUGAACGUCAACAAUACUUAAAGGGUAUACACAUUAUACUUUCACCAAAAGCAGUUAUCAAUAUGCCAUCAAUGAAUACAUAUAUUACAAAAUGGUGGAAAAUGGUUGUUGUAUCUGUUAUACCCAAAGGAUGCACACAAUAUUUACAAGUUCUUGAUACAUCUGUUUUUAGUGUAUUUAAAAACCACUAUCAAGCAGCUUUUGAUGAAUAUAUUGAUCGUUAUCGUUCAUGCAGUAAAGUGAAAUUGUCAGCUAGAGAACAACAAAUUAUAUGUGCUCGUUUAACUUGUGCAGCAUGA